AGACUGUCAGUUUCUGCCUGACAGGGACAGAGAGACACCACAGACACUGAUCCAAACGCCAAAAAAUGGAAAAAGGAAAAAGUAGAAGAAUACAGAGACCAGAGCAGGUGUUGUACGGAUAGCAUGGAGUUACAUUUAAGAGGAUUUGUAUUUUUCUUGGACACCUACCUGCAAGUUUCUGCCAAAACUUUAAAAGAAACUGUCUGAAUCAACUCUGGAUUUUGUAUUUAGGCUACACACUUUCUAACUGAACAAACGUCUUGUGGAUUAUAACUGAAGACUCUGUUUGGACAUUUUCAAUUCAACUCCAGCUCUAGUGAAAGUGCCACCAGCUGAUUUUUAGUUCCAGAUUUUGUAUCUGUGUUUAUUUUUGUCGUGCUUGUCAUCUUAGGAAAGUUUAAAUCUGUGUCUUUGGAGUCGAAGAUUUCAGUACAACUUUCUGACUUUUUAUUUCCUUGUUUCAUACUCUCUCUCUUAUCUAUUUGUUGCAUUAUGUAGAACAUGUCAAACAUGUUCUCAGAAGUAUAUCAGAGUAGUCUUCAGGGAUGACCGGCUGUUUUAAUGUUGGGAAUGACAUCAGAGUUUCAGUGAGAGCACAGUGAGUGACUGAUCUCUCUGUGAAUGGACUACACACACCCCCUGGAGCUUAACACGGCAUCUCACCGCGUUGCGUAGAAGUGGAUCACAAAGUCAAUACUUUGCCGAAGUAACCAUGGCGUCCCAAGGGAAGCCCAGCCAGGGGCGUGGCAUGUCCUUUCUGUUUCCUUGCUGCUACAAAGACAGUGACCAACCAGAGAUCACCAUAUGUGAUAACAUGAAGACUAUGGCUGUACUGGAGCCCACCCUGCCCAUGCCCCCCCUUCAAGAGCUGGACUCAAUGUUCACUGAGCUGGUGGAUGAACUGGACCUUACAAAUGAGCACAGAGAUACCAUGUUUUCUUUGCCAGCAGAGAAGAAAUGGCAGCUCUACUGUAGUAUAAAAAUGGAGGCAGAGGAGAAUAAAGGAGCAACCAGAUGGCCAGAGUAUUAUAUUGACCAACUCAGGUCCAUGGCUGCUAGGAGGACUCUGCUGGCACUGGAGGAUGAGGAAGAGCAGGGGAGACAUACUAUCGUAGAUGGUCUAAAGACAGCACUGCGGACGCAGCCAAUGAGGUUUGUGACGCGAUUCAUCGACCUGGAUGGCCUGUCUUGCAUCCUGAAUUUCCUGAAGUCAAUGGACUACGAGACCAGCAACUCUCAGGUCCACACGUCCCUGAUCGGCUGCAUCAAAGCUCUGAUGAACAACUCUCAGGGCAGAGCUCAUGUCCUGGGUCACUGCGAGAGCAUUAAUAUCAUCGCACAAAGUCUCACCACUGAAAGCAUCAAAACCAAGGUUGCGGUGUUAGAGAUCCUUGGUGCAGUAUGUUUGGUGCCAGGAGGCCACAAGAAAGUACUGGAAGCCAUGAUGCACUACCAGAAAUACGCCUCGGAGAGAACGCGCUUUCAGACCCUGCUGACAGACUUGGACAGAUCCACAGGCCGCUACAGAGAUGAAGUCAGUCUGAAGACUGCCAUUAUGUCCUUCAUCAAUGCUGUGCUCAGCCAGGGAGCAGGAGAGACCAGUCUGGAGUUCCGUAUCCAUUUGCGCUACGAGUUUCUGAUGUUGGGCAUUCAGCCGAUCAUUGACAAACUACACUCCAAUGACAACGCCACCCUGAACAGACAUCUGGACUUCUUUGAGAUGUUGAGGAAUGAAGACGAGCAUCAGAUGUCCAAACAGUUUGAUGUUGUCCAUAUAGAAACUAAAAGUGCCAGCCAGAUGUUUGAGCUGAUAAAGAGAAAUCUGAGCCACACUGAAGCUUACCCUCACCUCCUGUCUGCCCUGCAGCACUGUCUCAUUAUGACACGUAAGCAGAACCGCAACAAACUUCAGUACUGGGUGUUGUUGGAUCGGAUAGUUCAGCAGCUGGUUCUGCAGAUGGACAAAGGUGAAAACCCCGAUGUCGCUCCGCUGGAGGACUUCAACGUAAAAAACAUUGUACGCAUGCUCUGCAAGGAGGACGAGGUCACACAAUGGAAAGAACAAGCUGAUAAAAUGAGGAAAGAGCAUCAGAAAUUACAGCAGCGUCUGGAAAAGAAAGAGAGGGAGUGUGAGGCCAAGAAUGAGGAGAAAGAAGAGAUGGUAGCGAUGCUGAACAAGAUGAAAGACAAACUGGAGCGAGAGAGUAACGACCACAAGCAAACCCGACUACAAGUGGAAGAACUGUCAGCUCGGCUGCAGCAGCUCAACUCGAUUUCUAGUGUUCCAGGAGGACCUCCUGUGACUUCCGGUAGUUUAUUUCCUCCUGGUCAUGUCCCGUCUUCCUCCUCUUCUCUUCCUCCUCCACCACCUCCUCCUCCUCCUCCUCCAGGAGGCCCACCAGGUUUUGGCAUGGCUCCUCUUGCUCCACCUCUUCCACUCGGAGUUUCACUAGGAACUGCCCAGAAGAAGAAUAUUCCUCAGCCGUCUAACCCACUGAAGUCUUUCAACUGGAGCAAACUGCCUGAGAACAAGAUAAAUGGAACCAUAUGGAAAGAGAUCGACGAUGCCAAGGUGUUUAAAGUCCUGGAUCUGGACGAACUCCAGAGGACCUUCUCAGCUUACCAGAAACCACAAAAGGAUGCAGGGGACGACCUCGCUUUAGCUAAGAAGGUCAAGGAGCUGUCAGUAAUCAAUGGUCGCCGAGCACAGAACUGUAACAUCCUGCUCUCACGGCUGAGGCUGACCAAUGAGGAGAUCCGCCAUGCCAUCCUGACCAUGGAUGAACAGGGAGACUUACCUAAAGACAUGCUGGAGCAGCUCCUGAAGUUUGUUCCUGAGAAGAGUGACAUUGAGCUGUUAGAAGAACACAAGCAUGAGCUGGAACGUAUGGCCAAAGCUGACCGCUUCCUCUAUGACAUGAGCAGCAUCAACCACUAUCAGCAGAGGCUCCAGUCUCUCUACUUCAAGAAGAAGUUUGCUGAAAGAGUGGCUGAAGUCAAACCUAAAAUUAAAGCUCUGAGUCUUGCGUCCAGGGAGUUGCUACAGAGCGGGACACUGCGUCAGCUCCUAGAGGUAGUUCUGGCCUUCGGGAACUACAUGAACAAAGGACAACGGGGAAACGCCUACGGAUUUCAAGUGUCCAGUCUCAACAAGAUAGCUGACACCAAGUCAAGCAUUGACAGAAACGUCACUCUGCUCCACUACAUGAUCACUGUACUGAAAAAGACGUUCCCUAAGGUGGCAGCUUUCAGCCAAGAGCUGCAAAGUGUGCCAGAAGCUGCUAAAAUAAAUAUGACAGAGUUGGAGAAGGACAUGGGCAAUCUGAGAUCGGGCCUAAAAAGUGUUGAGGCGGAGCUGCAGUACCAGCAGGGUCAAUCCUCUCAGAGUCCUGCCGAUAAGUUUGUCCCUGUGGUCAGUCAGUUCAUCACUGUGGCCUCCUUCAGCUUCUCUGAUGUAGAGGAGUCUCUCAGUGAGGCCAAAGAAGUGUUUGAAAAGGCAUUGACACAUUUUGGAGAAGACCCGUCCAACCUGCAGCCGGAUACGUUCUUUGGGAUCUUCGACACUUUCCUCACAGCUUUCUCAGAGGCCGAGCAGGACAACGAGAACAUGGCCAGACGCAAGGAGGAAGAGGAGAGACGGGCACUCAUGGAGGCACAGCUGAAGAAAGACAGGGAACAGAAGGCGAGGAAAGCCAAAGCCAAUGAAGAGGAGGAGGGCGGUGAGUUUGAUGACUUGGUGUCCGCUCUGCGCUCUGGAGAGGUGUUUGAUAAGGAUCUGUCCAAAAUGGACCGUAGGAGAGAGCGGAGAGGUAACUUGGUGGACAUCAGCCGGGAGAGACCCAUAACCAAACUGAACCAGUAACA